UAAAUUAUCUAAAAAACAUGUCGCUAAAGCUUUCGUUAAAGUUAGCCUCGCGGGCUUUUCGGAUGAAUUUUUGUGAUUCUUUAAAUACAAGCAAAAGGUCCUUUUCUACAUUAAUAACAAAAGCUUCAAAUUAUAAAUUCAUACCUCUAUACAAAAGAAAUAUCGGAACAUUGAGAUACUUUUCAGAUUUGGUGCUAGAAACAAGUCAAGUCAAAGCUAUGAGUGCCCUCAGUCCUUUGGAUCCAUCAUCUUUCUCUAAGCCAGAUUUGGCUGUGAUUAAACACAUUUCCUUAUCAUUAAAUGUGGAUUUUGAGAAUAAAAUAUUGCAUGGAGUGGCAGUCCUUAAUUUUGAUGUUCAAGACAAUAUCAAUGAUGUGAUAUUGGACGUUAGAAAUCUCACCAUACACAAAGUAGAGCUUCAAGAUGGCACUGAGCUGCAGUACAAAGUAGGGAAUGAAGUGCCUAAUUUUGGAUCUAAGUUGACUAUUAAACUGCCUAAGCAGGCUACAGUUGGAGAAAAGUUGAAAAUAAAGAUACAGUACAACACGGCGCCGUCGGCUUCCGCCUUGCAAUGGCUGGACCCCUUGCAAACGUCUGGCAAGAAACACCCAUACCUCUUCAGUCAAUGUCAGCCUAUUCACGCCCGCUCAAUCCUGCCCUGUCAAGACACGCCCGCGGUGAAGUUCACAUACGACGCCGAGGUCGUUGCCCCCGCGGAGUUCACCGUCCUGAUGAGCGCCCUCCGCGGAGGCACCAGCGGCAACAAGACUGAGUUCCGGCAGCCCGUGCCCAUACCCUCCUACCUGCUGGCGAUAGCUGUCGGCGUGCUGGAGUCCAGGAGUCUGGGCCCUAGGUCAUUGGUGUGGUCGGAAAAGGAGGAAAUAGAGAGGAGUGCGUGGGAGUUCGCGGAGACCGAGAAGUAUUUGCAGGCAGCGGAGAGGCUGUGCGGCCGCUACGAGUGGGGCCAGUACGACUUGUUGGUGCUGCCGCCCUCCUUCCCCUACGGCGGGAUGGAGAACCCCUGUCUCACCUUCGUCACGCCCACUCUCUUGGCGGGCGACAGAAGCCAGGCGGACGUGAUAGUGCACGAGAUCAUGCACAGCUGGACCGGCAACCUGGUCACCAACCGGAACUUCGAGCACUUCUGGCUCAACGAGGGCUUCACCGUGUUCCUGGAGCGCAAGGUCGCCGCCGCGCUCGUCGCCGGCGGCGCCGCGGCCACCCGCUCCAGGGACUUCCACAGCUUGCUGGGUCUGCAGGAGCUCAGCGAAACUGUAGGCGACUUUCUCGGCGCCACCAACCCCCUAACGUGCCUGGUGCCCGACCUCAAGUCCGGGGUACACCCAGACGACUCCUUCUCAAGAGUCCCCUACGAGAAGGGGUCCCUAUUCCUCCGAUACCUCGAGGACUUAGUCGGAGGCCCCGGUAAGAAUUGCUUCAUUCUAGUGAACGUCGAACUGGGAGCCACCAGUAAUUUGACGAAUUUGGUAGUCAGUUUGAAGGGAGUCCAUCCUGACGACGCCUUCUCCAGUGUCCCGUAUGAAAAGGGGUCGUUGUUUUUGAGAUAUUUGGAAAACCUUGCCGGAGGGCCUGAGGUGUUUGAUGAUUUUCUACGAGCCUAUUUGAAUGAGUUCCAGAAGAAAUCGUUAGACACGGAUCAGUUUAAAGAAUUCUUACUGAAUUAUUUCAAAGACAAUGAGAAUAUUAAAUCUGUGAACUGGGAUGCUUGGCUGUACACAAGUGGUAUGCCUCCGAUUAUCCCCAACUACGACACGUCGAUGACGAAAGCCGUGACCGCUCUGGUCGCAGUGAUCACGGAGGGCACGGCCCCACUGUCGCGCAGUGACGUGUCGUCGUUCACUCCGCACCAGGUCAUCAACCUGCUGCAGGAGCUCAUCGUCCGCCCCGCCCUGGCCCUCGACCGCCUCGCCUCGCUCGGAGCAGAGUAUGGCGUCAGUCAUAGCAAGAAUUCUGAAAUUUUGUACAGAUGGCUAAGGCUGUGCAUAAAGAGCCGCGAUUCAUCUAAGCUCCAGGAAGCUUUCGAUUUCGUGAACAAUCAAGGCCGUAUGAAGUACGUGCGCCCGAUCUACAGAGACCUCUACGCGUGGGAAGAAGUUAGGCAACAGACCAUAGACAACUUCCUGGCGAACGAACCCAACAUGAUGCAUGUUUCUGCCUACACAUUGAGAAAAGAUCUCCAUCUGAAUGAAUAAUUUUUAUACCACCAGACUGAGUUGUUAUAAUUAAUAAUAAUCAGUGAAUCAGCUUGUUUUGUAAAUAAUUUUGUAUUAUUUUGAAGAUUUAUGUCACAGACUUAUCUAUACUAUUAAAAAAAUAUUUACAUGA